AUGGCAUCUCGCCGCGCCCUCUCAAGCCGAACGCUUCAGAGUCUCACCCUUCGACCGACUGUAUCUCGAGCUCCACGCGCAAUUGCUCUCAGCAGGAUGCCUCCAAGUGCAAAUGCAGGACAGAAUGCCGUGAGGCGGUUACAUGCCACCACCCAGCACCUCGCAGCAACGACUACCGCGGCGACAUCCCCAGCGUCCUACCCUACCAGCCACGAGAAAGUAGAGCAACCUCUGGACACCCAGAACUUCCUCGACAACAAGUUCAUUGCCUCCAAAACAUCUCAAUGGAUCGAUCUCUACGAUCCCGCCACGAACAACCUCGUCACUCGCGUCCCGCAAUCAACAGACGAGGAGCUGAAGGCUGCCGUGGACAGUGCGGAGAAGGCGUUCCCGGCAUGGAAGGCCACGAGCUUGCUGCACCGACAGCAGCUCAUGUUCAAAUACGUGGCGUUGAUCCGGGAGCACUGGGAUCGUCUGGCGGCCAGCAUCACGUUGGAGCAGGGCAAGACAUUCGCAGAUGCAAGAGGAGAUGUUCUGCGUGGCUUGCAGGUUGCUGAGACUGCGUGCGGUAUUACAACACAGAUCCAGGGAGAGGUGUUGGAGGUUGCAAAGGACAUGGAGACUCGCUCGUACCGUGAGCCAUUGGGCGUUGUUGCGGCCAUUUGCCCCUUCAACUUCCCUGCCAUGAUCCCUCUCUGGACCAUCCCAAUCGCGGCCAUCACCGGCAACACCGUCGUCAUCAAGCCAUCGGAGCGUGACCCUGGUGCUGCUAUGAUCCUGGCUGAGUUGGCUGAGAAGGCUGGCUUUCCACCCGGUGUCGUCAACAUCAUCCAUGGCGCUGCGAAGACCGUGGAUUUCAUCAUCGAUGAGCCAAGGAUCAAGGCCAUCUCCUUUGUCGGUUCCAACAAGGCAGGAGAAUAUAUCUACACUCGCGGCAGUGCUAACGGCAAGCGCGUCCAGGCCAACUUGGGCGCAAAGAACCAUGCUGCCGUCCUGCCUGACUGCAACAAGAACCAGGCUCUGAACGCCAUCGCAGGAGCCGCGUUUGGAGCUGCGGGCCAGAGAUGUAUGGCUCUGUCUACUCUCGUGUUCGUCGGCGAAACGAAGGACUGGGCACCUGAGAUCGCUGAAAGAGCAAAGGCGCUGAGCAUGAACGGUGGUUUUGAGGAGGGUGCUGAUCUUGGACCUGUCAUCUCCCCGCAAGCAAAGGAGAGGAUUGAAGGUCUCAUUGCUUCUGCCGAGAAAGAAGGUGCCACCAUUGUGCUCGACGGACGUGGGCAGAAGCCAGCCAAGUACCCUAACGGCAACUGGGUGAGAAUACCCAGUACCAUUCGCCUCAAGAACGCUCAUUAACUCACAAUUAUCUAGGUCGGCCCAACAAUCAUUGCGAAUGUGACCAAAGACAUGACUUGCUACAAGGAAGAAAUCUUCGGCCCUGUCCUCGUCUGCCUGAACGUACCAACCCUCGACGACGCCAUCGACCUCAUCAACGCCAACGAGUACGGAAAUGGAACUGCGAUCUUUACCUCAAGCGGCGCAACAGCAACCAAAUUCCAGAAAGAGAUUGAAGCCGGCCAGGUUGGUAUCAACGUUCCUAUCCCGGUCCCGUUGCCAAUGUUCAGCUUCACGGGUAACAAGAAGUCGAUUGCUGGCGGUGGUGCGAACACUUUCUACGGCAAGUCGGGUCUUCAAUUCUACACACAGCAGAAGACCGUUACUUCUUUGUGGAGGAGCGAAGAUGCAGUCAGCUCGAAGGCUACUGUCAAUAUGCCGACGCAGUCAUAG